GGGGAAGGUAGGCGCGCUUUAGCGCCGCGUCACAGAUAAAAAAUUUUCCGAUUCCCUCAUCACACCAUCACAUACCCCUUCGCUCUGCACCCUGUUUUCUGCUUCCCGCUUUCUGCUGUCUACGUUUCCUUAUUCCGAAACACCCCUCGUCAUGGUGCUUAACCACUUCAUCCGGGAGCGUACCGCUGCUCGUCACCUCUCACGUACGCCGACCACGACGGCAGCCCUGGGCGAACAGUCUCAGGGCAACCUCUCAAACAGCUCCAGCGCUCGUGUCACCUCGUCGUAUACUAGCGGAUUCCCCUCGUUCGCGACCACUGUCUCGGACCACUCCAUCGACAGUAUCGACCCCACUACGCAUGCCAAGCGGUUGUGUAGAGCUGCCCUCCACUUCGAAAAAUCCGAAAGCGUCACGUUCGAUAACCAUUUCGAUGUCUCCAGUGCCGUGCGGGACAGUCUGAGUAACUGCAACUGGCUCUCUCAUGGAAACAUGACAGUCGAUGCAGCAACACAUCUCGUCCACGAUACCACAAACUCUAUUUUGGCGAGGGGUAUCGUCUCCAUCGCAGGGUCAAAAGCCCCUGCGUUCAAUCAAAAUAUCAUGCAACAUGGUUCGUCCUUCCUGAUCAUUGCUUACCCACCCGGACGUCAAUCACUGCAAAAAGUCUCUUGCAAAGUCCGCGCUGGCUGCUGACGGUCAGACAGGGUACUAUUCUUCUGCUGUAUCUAGGUCUACGGGCGGCACUAGCCUUCGUCCUCGAGUAGUAUCGCCCUCCAAGUCAAGCGCACAGAAAAGGUCUCUUGAGCUCGUUGACUUGACUACACCCUCACCGAA